AUGACUACACGCAAUGAGCUCAAUUUAGGUGAUCGAUUCCUUUUCAUUCCAAUAAAAGGCUCAAAUGACCGCACAGCGAAGCGCCUAGCCCGAUCGCAUGCUGUAGCGCACGGCCUGCGGAAGAAAAGAAAGCUUCAGCAAAGUUCUGGUCAUAAUUUCCAUAUUCUAUGCCCAACAAAGGAUCAGAGCCGAUCAAUGGGCAAAGAGAAACAAGUUGAAGCUCUUAUCAUACCACCAUGCUCCCUCGCUGCAGGCUCCUCCGAUCCAUUCCAAAUGCUGGCUGCAGAGUCGCCGACACUACGGGCAUUGCUAAACCGACAAAAGUUUCAAAAAGCUACGGAGCCGGUCUUCAGUGUUGCUGAUGAACUUGUGCUUCAAAACUUCCGCUCCGUCCUUCGAAAAGGACUAGAUGAUAACGCUCUUCUGAGCGCCGUCGUGCUCACAUUUUUAUCUACGGUCACAGCCAGUAUGACCAGCAGGGAGUGUCUCGAAUACCAAAAUGAGGCUCUGAGCUCUAUCCGUCAAAGAAUAAGUUCUCCAGAUAGGGCUGCUACGGAGUCUACAAUAGGAGCGAUUCUGCUACUCGCCGGUAUAGAGGUCCGGCUUGGAAUGCCGCAUCAAGUCCAGCUCCACAUGGGGGCAAUACACCACAUUCUUGACGUAUGCCAAAGAAAGGGCGUCUAUUUGAGUGACGAUAUCAAACGUGCGAUCUUCUGGUCAGAUUUAAACGGUUCGGUCAUGACAGGCUCAAACCGAGUUGUUGACCACACAACUUUUUCCGAGCUCCAGUGGAGGAGAGACCCUUCCCAUGCGGACUUCUUUAUUCUUCCACCUGGAUUUCAAAGCCACUCCUGUUCCCUGGGUCAGGAUUUCGUUGAGAUCCUCAAGGACGUAUUUGCAUUGCAAUGUAUCCGAGAUUCAGCCAUCCUCGGCAAAGAGGACGUAAUGCCGAUGGCACAUAUCGAUAACCACCAAGCGUCUAUCCAGUCGAGGCUAGUGAGUUUGCCAAUUUGCUCACCUAUAUCGGAAUGUUGCCAUCAAGCGGCAUAUCUAUGCUCGAGUAUGCUUCGCUGCAAAACCUGGCGGACUUCAACCAUCCCCUCUCACCUUUCAUUACAAUUGCUCAGCAAGUUACAAGCAGCGAGCGAUAGUCCAGUGUGGGAUGAUUCGCCUGAUCUAUUGGUUUGGCUCUUGCACAUUGGGGGUGCUUUUGCCCCGGCAGGGACCAUACAGGAAGGCUACGUGCGACUAUUGAAUUUGAACCACAGAAGAUUCAGAUGGCUGUAUACAUCAUGGCCAGAACUUCUUGUGAUUCUUAAACAGUUCAUAUGGUCCGACAAAGCAUUUUUGUCCCAGGUUAAGGCCUUCUGGGAAGAUUAUCCGAUCUAG